UGAUCGGUGGAAUGGACUCAUGGAGCACGGGCUGAACGCGAUUUUCGGGUGCGUCGUGUCUGUCGGACUAUGUCUGCUUCUAUCGGUCGUUUAUUUGGCCAGCCUCCAUGUAUGGAACAGCCCUUUCAGCAGGGACCACCCUACAACGAUUAAGAAGAGAUUCGUCAGUGUAUUUUUCAUGCUGUUUGUGGCGCCAUGUUUUUUAUACAUUGGACUCGAUAAAAACACUCUCCAAAAGGUUUCAUUUUUAGAAGUACUCGGCGUGAAAAGCAAAGGAUUAUGGCAGGCCCUUAUCGUUCCUUUGUUGUUAACAGUGGUCCUGUUUUUGGGGCCCAUAUCGAUGGAGGUAUCAAACAGCCUGGGCAAAUUGUACGCGGGAAAGAGUAGGCGUAUGAAAAUGUCCAUUUCGACAGACGACGGUCCUGUUUCAGGAGAAGGGGCGUGGCACGCGAACUUUACAAACUUAAUAUGGAUCCGGAACCACCUAGUGGCCCCGUUUUCUGAAGAAUUCACGUACAGAAGUUGUAUGCUGCCCCUGCUGCUUCAGUGUUUUCCCGCGACGACCGCCAUCGCGGUAAAUCCUCUGUUGUUCGGGAUAGCUCACUUCCAUCAUGUGCAGGAGCGGGUCCGGUUCGGGAUGGACCUCAACACGGCUCUGAAAAUAUCAUGUUUUCAGUUCGUUUAUACGACGAUUUUCGGCGCAUACUCGGCCUACUUGUUGUACCGCACCGGUCAUUUUGCGUCGAUUUUCGUCGUCCACGCAUUCUGUAAUCACAUGGGCUUUCCAGACGUGCUGGAAGUCGCCACGUAUCCACGCACUAAAAAGGUCAUCGUGUCCGCGCUUUUUGUUUCGGGUUUUGCGGUGUGGUACCUGUUGCUGGAACCGUUGACUACGCCGGAUCUGUAUUCCAAUCGGGACGCUUGGUACCACGACUGACUUCGGCGGCGGUCCACUUAUAAUUCGUCCGGUUAUUUCGGCAGUUUUUACACUUUAAUUGUUUUCUUAUUAUUUUUAAUAUUCCGUGAGCUUUCCAUUUUUUUACUAGGAAAUAAAUGUCGAGCGAUAAAGACUGAACCUGUAAAUACUGUUAAA